CGAGCGCUCUCGCAUUGCUAGAUUGACGAUUACGGCCUCGCUGACGCGGCGCCGCGGUGCACGCCGGAACCCGAGGACGUGGUCGCGCGUCAUGGCGGAGGGGGGCAGCAGACAGGCGCGUCUCGCCGCGGCCAAGAAGAAGCUGAAGGAGUACCAACAGAAGGCAGUCCCCGGCGGCGGAGAUGGCGGCAGCGCCAAGAAGAAGCGGCGAGGACGAGACGGCGAGGAGGGCGGCAAUGACCCCCGGGAUGAGCGGGACAGCCGAGAGCAGUCGGAGGACGAGCGACUCUCUGCGAGCGCCGGAGAGGCCGACGAGGAGACGGCGGCGGGGGCGGUGGGGGGGUCGCCCCCCCCCACGCUCACGGAGGUGGCGGAGGUGAUGGAUGGGGGGGAGGAGGAGCAGCAGGAGGGAAUGCGGGACGUCUCGUCCACGGAACGUUUGCGCCAGAUCUCUGUGCAGAUCAACGGCCUCAUGUCCCAGUCAAACUACCGCAACGGGGAGAGCGGCAGCCACUCGGCAGACACCAGAGAACUGGAGACGAGGAACCAGGAGCUGACUCAGGCUCUGGACGCUGCGUCGCUCGAUCACAAGAGACUCCUCGCAGACCUGCACGACGCCAAGCAGCAGAACGAUGCCCUGGAGACAGAGCUCCUGAAGGUCCGCGCUGAUCAGGAGAAGCGGCUUCACAGUGAAGGGUCAGCUUUGGAACAACUGCAGGUGCACGUUCAGACGAUCGGGAUCCUGGUGUCGGAGAAGUCGGAGCUGCAGAACACACUGAGCCUCGCGGAUAAAUCCCUGCAGCAGAGAGCCGGCGAGGUGGAGGAUCUGAGCGCGCGCCUCAAUGCCGGGCGCCAGCGCGUGUCGGAGCUGGAGCGCGCCCUCUCCACCGUCUCUUCUCAGCACAAGCAGGCCGAGAAGCUCGCCAAGGAGCUGCAGACGGAGAGAGCGGCCGUGGCGGAGGAGCGAGAGCAGCUGAUGCGCGUGCGGGACGAGCUGACUCAGCAGACGUCGGAGCAGGCGGAGCAGCUGGCGUCGCGCGCCGCCGAGGUGCUGGGGCUGCGCGAGUUCACGGAGGAGCUCAAGGGCAAGCUGCACAUGGCCGACAUCAUGGUGCAGCAGCUGUCGAGUCAGGCGGGGAUGCCCCAUCUCAACCACCAGCUGCAGCAGCUCUCGGAGGAAAGAGAACAGCUCCAGCAGCAGCUGCACGCGAUGUCGGAGUCGGUGCAGCAGCUGAUGCUGGAGCGGCAGCAGCACCUGCAGCAGAUGGAGGAGCAGGGGCGCCUCUGGCAGGAGACGGCUCGCCACUCGGCACAGCAGGUGGAGCUGCUGUCUCGUGAGAAGGAUGAGCAGGUGGUGCGCAUCACAGAGAUGGAGCGGUCGCUGCACGAGCUGGAGCAGCAGAAGGUGGUUCUGUGCGAGCAGGCGGCGCAAAAGUCGAGCGCCGCCGUCGCCACUUCGGAGCAGGAGGGGCCCUCGGAGCGCGAGCACGGCCUGGCGGUGGAGCUGGAGAGGGCGCGCAGGGAGAAGGACGAGCUUGUAGCCCAAUACCACGCACAGGUGCGCGACAACGAGCAUCUGAGCGAGCUCAACCGCGAGGCGGAGUCGCGGCUGCUGGCGCUCGAGUCGCGGCUGGGGGACCUGGGCUGCGAGGCGAGCGACCGGCAGCGGCUGCUGGAGACGGCGCAGGCCGACAAGGCCACCAUCUCCCGCGCGCUCGCGCAGAACCGCCAGCUCAAGGAGCAGCUCGCCGAGAUGCAGAACGGCUUCGUCAAGCUGAGCAACGAGAACAUGGAGCUGGGCAGCGCGCUGCAGUCGGAGCAGCACGUGAAGAAGGAGCUCGCUCGCCACAUGGGCUCCCUGCAGGAGAACUCGCACGAGGUCAAGGAGCAGCUGCAAGCCAAGUGCGCGGAGGCGGAGGCUCUGGUGGCGGAACGGAGCGCGGUGCUGCAGCAGCUGCAGCAGUACGGGGCGGCCGUGGUGCAGCUGCAGGCGGAGCGCGACGAGCUGCACCGGCAGUGCCUGGCCCAGAGCACGCUGCUCGACCGCGUGCAGCACCAGGAGGCCGAGGCUCGUUCCGCUCUGCACAUCGCGCACGACAAGCUGCGCGCUCUGGCCCAGGGGUCGCAGGUCACCAUCGACGGGUCGCAGGUCACCGCCGCGGAGGGGGUGCUGCAGGGCGGGGAGAGGAGGGUGGGAGUGGGGGGCCCCGAGGAGGGCUGGGCCGUGGGGGGGGCCCUGCAGGGGGUGCUGGAGGACAUGGCGUCGCUGCUGGAGGCGCCGACGGACGCGCCCGCUCCGUCUCCCACAGACUCGCCCGCAGACGAGGCUGGGGCCGAGGAGCCAGAGGAGACGGUCUCGCACCUGCGGGCUCUUGUUGAGCAGCGCGAGAGCGAGCGAGCGCAACUCAUCUCGCGACUCGGGGACGUCUACGCCGCCCUGCGUCGUCUCGGCAACCUCGCCGCCCCCCCCUCGGCCGCCCCCCACCACGGGGAGGGGGCCGUGUCCCCCCAGGAGCACGAGUCUCUGCGUGCGGCCAUGGAGCAGCUACAGGUUCGCUUCCAGGCCGUGAUGCGGGAGAAGGCCGACCUCCGCGAUCAGCUGGAGCAGCUGGAGCACCGCUGCGAGCAGCUGUCGGGAGAGACCGACACCAUCGGCGAGUACAUCGCGCUGUACCAGAGCCAGCGCGACGUCAUGCGCCAGCGCCACCGCGACAAGGACGAGUUCAUCAACCGCCUGGCGCUCGACCGCGACAACAUGAAGGUGAAGCUGGGGGAGCUGCAGGAGCUGGUGAUGAGACUCCUGGCCGAGAGGAACGCGUGGGGGCUGGAGGGGCCAGCGCCACGGGGGGAAGCGGCGGUGACGGCGGCAGCAGCAGCAGCGGGAGGAGGUCCCAACGAGGAGCAGCAGGAGGAGGGAAUGGGCCCUCACCUGCCCAACGGCACCCAGGACGGAGAUGAAGGAGGUGAAGGAGGUGAAGGAGGUGAGAGCGAGGGGGCGAGUGCGAGGGAAAGAGCGGCAGAGACUGGCACGGAGAGCGCACACACAGACGAUGACCCUCGGCCCCCCACGACCGCCGAGCCCCCCGGCACGGCCGGGCAGAUCAUGCAAUUGCUGCAGGAGCUGCAGGAGUCGCGCGGGCCCUCCUCCUCCUCCUACCUCGACGAGUCCACGUGCAUCCCCUUCUUCUACCGCGUGGACACCGACAACGAGGUCAAGGUCAUGCUCAUAUGAGGUCGCGCGUGCGAGGUCGCGACCUUGCCCACCAACGUGCCCGCGGCUGCCUAGUCCACGGCACGGGCGGGCGGCUGGACGGGCGGGAAAGCAGCCCCGGCAGCGGCAUGGAGGGCACGGCGAGCCGGAGGGGGUCGCCAGGUCGCCCGGCAUGCGGCUUCACGGACGUUCACACCUACGCGAAUCGUUUAGAUGUGAACCCGGCUCUUGAGGUCACGGCUCGUGGGCGAGAUCGCGUCAAGAGGUCAAGGUCACGCGUGCGCGAUGAUCGCGUGACGUCCGAGGGCGGAACGGUUGGGGGGGGGGGGCGGCGGGUGGGUGGGUGUGGGAGGUUGGAGGGGCUACAGACAAGAGCGAUUGAUGGGGGUGCGCAGACAGCAGGGUGGUGGUUGUUUUAGGGGGCCGUGUGGAUGCAUCCUCGGAAUGUGCACAUCUACAGGCGCAUGGUGAAAACGUGUGCGUAUGGCAGGAUGUGUGUGGGAGGGUCUGCGUAGAGGGUGUGUAUCAGGUGAGGCGGUGUAGUGCAACGGUUAGCGCGCUGCGCUAUGAACCCGGCAACCCGAGUUUGAUUGUCACUCGCUCGCAGCCAUCAUGGGCGACGAUUAUUUUAACCGGUCCUGGGCUUCCCCUAGGUCUACUCAGUACCUGGUGCGGUGUCUAGUUAACAUCGGCACUGGGGAGACAAAGGCUGCCGGGCGUGGUGCUGGCCACCCACCCACUCGUGUGCCAUGCUGGCCUUCAUAAGUGCUACUCCCUUCUAACAGCACUUGCCCCGACAGUCUGUUAAGGCUAUACAGGGGGGGGGAGGUCUUUGGCUUUUGUACGGGUAGAGGCUGCGCGGGUGUGGAGGCGUUUGCACCAGGGCCCACUCCCGGUGAGUGGAGUGGUGAAUGGAGAUUGGUUUAGCAGUGGGUUCUUGCAAGUGGAGAUUGGUUAGUUCUGUGAACUACAAACGAGUUCUCUUUAAACUCCGAGAGUAGGUGGUUGGGGAGACUGAGUAGCGGAGAGGGUUGAGAAGUUGGGGGGCUGGGAGACUGCGGGGGGCGGGGAGACUGGGGGGGGCUGGAGCACUGGGAGUAUUGGGGAGGGGGUGGCUAGGAAUACAAAAACAUGGGGAGCACUGGAUGUACUCGGGGACUGUGAGUCCAGUCUCCCCCAUGGCUGCACUUGGCAAGAUGCUCUCACUUUAUAUGUUUGGGGCGCGGGGUCAUGGGGAAGAGAUGUUAAAGGCGAGCGGCGUGCACAGCAGAGGUCCACAAUGUCACGGGCCGUGCUGGGGUGCCUGUGUGCGCGUGCGUCGGUGUGUGUCCAUUCCUCUUUGUGACCGUCUGUAUGUCUCUGCGUCCUAUCUGCGCGUGUUGCCUUCAUCUGUCUGUGUGUCUUACUAUGUCGGUGUCCUUCUGCUGGGUGUCUUCGUAGCUACGUGUCUGUGUUGUCUGUCUGUGUACAUGUGUGUCUUCAUGUCUGUCUGUGUACGUGUGUCUUCAUGUCUGUCUGUGUACGUGUGUGUCUUCAUGUCUGUGCAGGUUUCCGUCCGUCUCUUUUUGGAAACCGGCUUUUCCAAGUAUCUCUGCGUACCGCCAUCUGUGUAUGGUCCCAUGUGUGUUUGUGUCUGCCUGCGUGGCUGUUGUGGGGAGCGGUGGUGCAGUGGUUAGCGCGCUGCGCUAUAAACCCAAUUGUAUAGUAAACAUCGGCACUGGGGAGACGAAGGGGGCCGGGCGUGGUGCUUGCCACCAACACCUGCCCCAACAGUCUGUUGAGGCUAUACGGGGGAUCAUUACUUUGUUGGUGUGUCUGUGUGCCUCAUGUAAUCCUGCUGUAAACAGAGCUGUAUCGAGUCUCCCAUUUCCACGUCGAUUUUCCACGACAGCAAAGGCCUCGGCGAGGCCUCGCUUGCUCAGCGUGCGUCUCGGCGUUCGUCGCGUACGCACGGGCACCGCGAGAAUAUACUACAAGUGUCUCCUCGUUGCGUACCAUACACGCACGCAUACCGCAAGUGUGCCAUGCGUACCAACGGCGGACUGUGUACCAUGUGUAUAGCUUACAAAAUGGGUGUGGGUGUUCCAAUCUGAUUAAGUGGGUGGUGACCACAUGGACAGUGGUGGGGGCUUGUAUUAAUUGUGGGGGGAGGGGGGAGUAGGAGUUGUACCCCCCCCACCCCCAGGGCUGGUGUAUAAUCGGUUAAGGCUGUCACAUGCCCCCCGACCCCUAGCCGCCCCCCCCCCCCCCACCCCACAAAGGGGUGCUGGGGGGGAUUGAGUUUUGCACAUAAUUGUAUCUGGUGGGGGAUAUUUAUUUGAGAUUGCUUUGGGAAUCUUGGCGCUUUUUGAUAAGAACCUGUAUCUACUACUAUUAAGCCCGGUGUGGGCGGCUAGAUUCCUGUUUCAUAGAUUCCUCGCGCGUG